AAAAUGGCUGCGCCCAUGAAAUUUAAAAUUUCAAAUAUUUUCAUAUUUCUUAAAAAUGCUUACUUUCCACGACUUCUACAAAUAAAUAUGAAUAAAAAUUAUAAAUUUUAUAGUCAAACAUUUAAAUUUAGUGGGAUGUUACACCUGAACUAUCCUCAAAGAGACCACAAUAGAAGGACUCAGAAUAAAAAAUCGUUCAGUUUACCAUCCGCUGGACUUCUAGCCCUAAUAGGGUUCUCCAAGAAAACUGAAGAGGAGAAAGAUGAACUCAUUCUGACACUUAAAAAAGCAAAACUUGCUGAGAAAAAACAAAAGUUUGAGAAAGCAAAUAGGUUCUAUCACAAAGCCUUAGGAAUCGCAACAAUGAGACAUCAAAAUCAUGAAAUAACCCAAGAUGAAUGGAUAACCAAACGGAACUAUAUCUUCAUACAUAUGGCAAAUCUUGCCUUUGGGAUGUUUAAACUUGAAGCUGCAGAGAAAUUGUUCAAGGAUGCAAUGAGGGGUUAUCUUGAGGCUGGUUUGGAGAAAGAUGAUAAUGCACUGGUGGAGAUAUCAAUGAAGCUAGCCAUGUUGUAUGCCAUGCAGGAGAAACAUGAAGAGGCUGUGGAGGGGUACAAGUUUGCCAUUGAAGCACAAGAGAGGAAAAUGUCACAGUCAGAAGUGAUUGAUGAAAAUACUAUUGCAUUAUGGGGAAUGUGCCUCGAUGCAUUCUCAAAGUACUUUCUCACGAGGAACAAUUAUCGGGAUGCUUAUGGAUAUACAGAAAGGGCCCUGACAGUUGCUUUCCAAGUCUUUGGGGAAAAUCAUCCACAGACAGCAACACUUUGGAAUGACUUAGCUAACAUCUCUUACCUCAUGGGGAAUAUAGACAAUGCUAUAUCACAAUGUGAAAAGGCGAUUGAAUUAGGUGAACUUUUGCAGAUCCCAGAGUUAGCUGCUUUCUACUGCAAUUUGGGCUCAAUACUUCUACAUAAUGGAGAGUUUGAGAAAGCAUUUGAGAAAUGCACCAAGGCAUCGAAGCUAGCACACGAUAGGGAAAGUAGAAAACAGGCAAGGGGGUGUCUCAAAGAUAUAAAAGCCAAAAAGUCAAGUGGAAACACUGAAAUUUGAUAUUGUAGUUUUAUUCAACAAAUAUUGGCCCCUAUUAUUGUUACCCUGUUUCAUCUAGUCAGCUGAAAUAAAUUUACACAUUA